AUGCCAUGGCCCUUCUGGCAGGUGCUGCCUCUUGGCAGGGCAGGCGGCGGAGGCCACUUCAACCCCGCUGUGUCCCUGGGCGUAUGGCUGGUGGGGGGGCUGAACAUGACGAUGCUCAUCCCUUACUGGCUCUCCCAGCUCUGUGGAGGGGUGAUAGGAGCCGGCCUGGUAAAGGCCGUGGCACCGAGCGAGCGCUACGGGAACGCCAGUGGGGGAGCCUUCGGGGGCAUCACGGCCGACGAGCAGGUCCCGGCUGUCCUUGUGGGAGAGCUCGUCAUGACCACCUUCCUGGUCCUGGUGGUCUGCCUGGGCACCGUCAACGGGAAGACCAAGACCCCCCUGGCACCGUUCUGCAUCGGCUUCACCGUCACGGUCGACAUCCUGGCAGGGGGCGGCGUGUCCGGAGCCUGCAUGAACCCUGCCCGAGCCUUCGGACCAGCUCUGGUGGCAAACUACUGGGACUAUCACUGGGUUUACUGGGUAGGGCCCAUGGUCGCUGCCCUCCUGGUCGCUGUGCUGGUGAGGCUCCUGAUGGGUGACCAGAGCACGCGCCUGCUCCUGUGGUGA